GUCGGUCAAAUAUCAAGCACGGUUUGAACAGGUGUUUCAAAGGGAAAUGCCCUGCCGGCAGAUGAUACCGCUACAAGGAAUUCAAUCCUCUUGACGCGUUGCAGUUCUUCGCCUACGCAGAUGAAGGAUGGCGUUUUGUUCACGCUAUUCCCGUUUGAUACAUGCCUUGGCACGGAGCGCCGCGCUACCAAAAAGCAUGACGUCGUACCGCAUCGUCAACCGGCGGGCUCUGUCAUAUGGCGCCUGUGCGCAAGGAAGAACGGACGGCGAUGAACUUAAACAGAGCAGCGGGCGCGCGUGGGCUCUCCUUGGCGGCGCCAUAUCAUUGGGGCUUUUCGCCUACUGGAAGUCGUCUCCGGUCCAGGCCAAGCAAGAAACGAAAGCAGAUGAACCUGUGGACGGCUUGCCAGUCUACACCGCCGAAGAAGUCGCCAAGCACGACAGAAAAGAGACGAGAGUAUGGAUUUCGUUCCGAUGUGGUGUCUACGACGUUACCGAAUUCGUGGACGAACACCCGGGUGGAGACAAGAUUCUACUCGGCGCCGGUGGAGGCAUCGACCCGUUCUGGAAUAUCUACGCAGUCCACAAGACUCCCGAGAUACUCGCCUUGUUGGAGACAUUUCGCAUUGGCAACUUGGCAGCAGAUGACGUUGGUGCUGCAUCUGCGGGCAUUGAGGACCCAUACCUGUUUGACCCCAAGAGGCACCGUGACCUGAAGCCGGCCUCUGUCAAGCCCUUCAAUGCAGAGCCACCCCUGGCCACACUUGCUGACAACUACAGGACACCCAAUGAGUUAUUCUACGUGCGGAACCACAUGCCUGUGCCUGACGUGGACCCAGAGCACUAUGUUCUGGAGAUAGAGGACCCAGAUGGUAAAUGCCACGAGCUGACCCUGGAUGAGAUCAAGACCAAGUUCCCUAAAGUGUCCAUCACUUCUGUUAUUCAGUGUGCUGGCAAUCGACGCUCUGAACAGAACAAGAUUAAAAAAGUGAAGGGCCUUGACUGGGGUCCCUGUGCCAUUGGCAAUGCCACCUGGUCAGGGGCGAGACUGGUGGAUGUACUGCGCUAUCUUGGAGUUGACCUUUCUGAUGAGCGCAUACAGCACAUUGUCAUGGAGGGUUUAGACACAGACCCUACAGGGACACCCUAUGGUUCCUCUUUUCCAGCAAGCAAGGGUGUGGAUCCAAAGGGGGAUGUACUCCUGGCAUAUGAGAUGAAUGGCGAGGUGUUGCCUCGUGACCAUGGCUUUCCCCUGAGAGCGAUUGUGCCGGGAAUCGUUGGUGCUCGCAAUGUGAAGUGGCUGUCACGCAUCCAGCUGAGCCCUACAGAAAGUGAAUCGCACUGGCAACAGAACGAUUACAAAGGCUUUUGCCCAUCAACCGACUGGGACACGGUGGACUUCAAAAGUGCACCUGCAAUCCAGGAGCUGCCCAUAACGUCGGUGGUGUGCAGGCCGCUUGAGGGAGAUGUGGUGACUCCUGUGGAUGGCAAAAUACAAGUCAAAGGGUACGCUUGGAGUGGGGGAGGCCGUAAGGUAGUUCGUGUGGAUGUGAGUGCAGAUGGUGGUAAGAACUGGAUACCUGCCCAGUUGGAGAGCGAGGACACUUCAUUGCACAGAGCGUGGGCCUGGACACUCUGGAAGAUCGAUCUUCCAGUGCCCAAGGAUACAGACAAGCUGGAGAUUGUGUGCAAAGCCGUCGACUCAUCGUACAAUUCGCAACCUGAAGGUGUUGCCGGUGUCUGGAACCUGCGUGGUGUCCUCAACAACGCCUGGUACCGCGUCCACGUCGCAGUGAAACGGGCGUAAGAGUAAAGGCGGGUGCAGGUCUAUCGUAGUGGCCUUGGGUCAGCUCCAAACAAGCACGCGUUCUACGAAA